GCGUUGACCACGAAGCAGCGAAACGACAAGAAGAAGAGAGACAGCAACCACUCAACAACAGCACUCGCACCGCUGUCACCGUUCGCACCGGCACCUGUGCCUUCACGUCUCACGUCACACAACCCACUUAACCCCGCCCCCCCCCCUUCCCUCAACCAGGAGCAGCCAUGGGGGACCGCGUGACGCAGCUGCAAGAGCUGCUGCAAGCGCUGAUGGAGCAUUAUCGAAACGCAGUUGGGGUGUUGCACAUGCAGGCCGGCGAAGCAGCCAUGGAGCCGGCGCCAUCGUCAGCGAAGAAGCAGCCGCAGAAGCAGCCGCAGAAGCAGCAGAACAACGGGGAGGAAGGAGCAGUGGCGAGUGCGAGACAGCAGGUGCAACAGACAGUGGACGUGACAAAGCACGCGAUCUUGCAAACCGUCAAGGACAUUAACCUGUUCUGUGACCAUUUGCCGGACAUCAAGCAAGCCACCAACACAAACGACGAUGACUUGGACGAGCUGCACAGGAAGAACGCCGAGGCCGCCUCACUUCUCCGGACCAAAGUGCAGCUGGCAGAGGAGAGGCUCGCCCUACUUCGCGGUCGCAUCACCGAUAUCACCAACGCUGCCUUUCUCACACAGCCAAAGCCAAACCCGGCUGCGUUGCCGACACCAUCAGUGCCAGCAUCGUUACGAACACAGCGAGACACGCCCAGUCAAUGCGAUGACAGCGCACCGGCCGAAGCGGAAACCCAACCUGAUAAGACUGCCACAGAGCACCAGACAACGACACAGGAGAGUGCUUCUGGUGGCGGCGGUGCUGAUGAUGAUGAUGGCAGCAGAAACAGCAAUAGUGGUACAGGGCCUGGCAAUGAUGGUGGAAACUUGGACAGCAAGGAUAAUACGGACAGCACCAGGGACGAUGCCGACGGCAGCAUGGCGCGAAAACGGGCAAAGCUUGAUGCGUAGCGACGUGUGAUUCCCAGUUGCUUGUGGUGUCUUUACUUGCGUUGCUUGUGCGUACGCUGUUUGCUACCGUGUAAAUAAGCAGCACUCGACCCGAG